UGCUCCUAACGCGCACCGCCCCCGCCAACCCCUCCUCUCUGGUCCCUACCCCACCUCUCCCUCUAUCGCGGUGGGAUGCCACGGUCCGCAAUUCCUGACACAACAUCCCUCUUGUCUCUCUAUCGCGGUGGGAGCUGGGAAGACCCAAUCCGCAGCCCAGGAGCUCGCCGCCGCCCCAAACCCUGGUAAAAAUCGCUCAGAUCCUUUCUUUAGCCCUCUCCUGGUGCUUUCCGCUUUCCUUUCGUCGCUUGUAGUGGAGAUUCCUCUCAGAUUCGGGCUAGAUUCCAACAAAUUUCAGUUUCUAGGGUUUUGUAUUGUUGUCAAAUUUUUUUGAUUCCAAAACAAGAAAACCUAAUCCUAGAUUCGCCCGUCUGGGAGACGAUUACGUAGUGAAAAGGCCGUUCGUCGCUAAUAGGAAGGGCAAGAUCCCAGAUUUUUGGUCAUGGGUCUUAUGAUUCAGCUAGGAUUUUUGGCCCGAGACUGCUGAGAUUUUCUGGAGGGGUUUCUGAUGGUGAAGUGGAAAAAUGAGGGAUUUUUUUGCUAGGGUUUGAGGUUUUCUUGCGAAAAGAGGGAAACUUGGGAUUUUUUCUUGACCGGGGAUGGCCGAUGAGGGAAAUGAGAGCAGGAGCAGGAGGAUGGAUCUGAACCUCUAUUUGGGCCUGCCUCGUUCCCCUCGGCCUCGCAGUCUUGAUCUUGGUUCUGAUCUUGCUCUUAGCUCGCUUCCUUUGUCAUCGUCAUCCAGUGCCGGAGACAGCCGUGCUCCUGCUGACAUGUCUGGUUCUGUGGAGCAGCAGCUGGAUUCUCAUCCUCCAUACUCCCCGUCCCAUGCUGCUUACACCCCUGAUCAGCCCUUGGUCCAUCCCCUAAAUCCAGCCGACAGUAAUGCCAUUCCGGAAUAUGCCCCAUACUAUCCAUCCUACGAAACUUUUGGCCCACGCUACCCUCCCAUCCAACCAAUCAUGCAGGAACCCGAAGGUGCUGAUGCCCCUUAUUCUCCAUCACGCGUCCAAUUUCUUCCUACUGUUCAGGAGACUGAUGAACCUGCUGUUCAAGAUGUGGACUCCCAUGUGCCAUAUGAUCCUCCUUUUCCACCUGGACUUGCUGAUGAACCUGUUACCCUGGGCGGUGAAUCCCAUGCACCUUACUCGCCACCUUAUAUUCCUGAAUUGGCAGUCCCUCAGGGCCAUGAUGAGGGAACCUUUGGCUUCUUACCACCAAUUCCUUUGCAGACUGGUGAAUUGCUGGGCCGGCAAGGUGGGUCAUCUUCGCAGCAUGAUUUCAUUCGGUCCCCUGAAAUCCGUUUCAGAAGGUUGAUUGAAUCAACCCAUCGUUGGCCAACCAGGCGAUUUAGGUCAUCGCUUCCAUAUGUCGGUGAAAGGUCUAAUUUUGGUUCGCCAUCCUCACCCAGUCCUGAGCAGUUGAUACAUGAUACUGUGAAUUCCCAAAGAUCCUCAGAAUCUAGUGGGAAGAAUAAGGUGUCUGCUGAAGACAUUGUGGCGGAGGCUUCAGAAGAGGAAACAGAAGAGAAGAGCAGAAAUGCUGCUAAUUUUGAGUGCAACAUCUGUUUGGAUAUGGCCACUGAACCUGUUGUUACCUCAUGCGGUCAUUUAUUCUGCUGGCCGUGUUUGUAUCAGUGGCUACAUGUUCAUUCUGAUCAUAAGGAAUGCCCUGUUUGCAAAGGAGAAGUAAUUGAAUCUAACAUCACGCCUAUUUAUGGGAGAGGGAGUUCAGAAAACAGUGCUGAGAAGAAACUUGGAGAAUAUGAGGAAUCAGGUUUGAAAAUACCACCAAGACCACGUGGAAAUAGGUUAGAGAGCUUGAGGCAGCAGUUUCGGCCUAUUUCAAGAAGACUUGGGGAGGGAAUUGCCUCAUCAUGGAGACGGCUCCUAGAUCAUCAGAUGCGUGGUGGAAAUAGAUUUGAAGGGAAUGCAGACCCAAGUCUGCAGGAAAUUUUCAAUGGUGCUCAUCGUAGAGCUCUAGCUAGACUGCGGGCACGGAGAUUGCAGAGAGAGGAGGGCAAUCCUGAAAGCAGGUCUAUUGCUGCUGACGAGAUUGGAUUGCCUAGAAACAGUACAUCAAAUCCAUUUAGUAGCAAUACAAGCUCAAUUUUUCAAGAUGGUAUUGAUCUUUGGCACCGUUUUUAUGGUCUUACUAGUACAGAGAGAUUAGCUGCUAUAACUGCUGAUGUCGGUAGGGUGGUUGGGCGGUUUAGCACUGGUACUAAUAAUAGAUAUGGAGCAUCCUCUUCCUCUAUCAACCCUCCAAAUCCAGAGCCACCGGUUAGUGGCCCCCAUAUAGGAGCAGCAUUGGCUACAGACCAGGCCUCUGCUUCAAGUACCAUGGCUGUAAUACAAGGAGAUGUUGCUACUUCUGAUGCCCCAGCAGAACCAAAUAGUGCAGGAUCUUCUAGGUCCCAUAGGAGGAGAGGAAGAAGUAGUACCUCCAGUUCUUUGGAUGUAGAUGGAGGAGCACUGCAUGCGCGUAAGAGAAGAAGGCUGAACUAAAUUUCUUUUAUUUCAUACAAUUUUAAACAACUCCUUGCUUUUUUAGCUUCUAGUAUGUGUGUGCUCUUGGAGCAUAUUUGCUGGUGUGUAUGUUAAUGGUCUUGUAUUAUUUUGUGUUAAGUUAUCAUGUCCAGUUUGUCUUUUGAUUUUCUUUAUUUUCAUAUACCUUGUCAGAGCAUGUAUACCGGAUACGCUUUUGACAACCCCAAUGGUCGAUUUACAAAUUUUCGUAAUUAGUUUGCGUACUUGAAAUGCUUUCU